UCAACCGCAAUAUCAAAUUCCAAAUUUCAUUUUUCUUCACCAUAAGUGCACAAAACCCCAAUGCUUCUCAACUCUCGCAUGGGUUUUUGUAACACUCAAAUCACCUUCAACUGCAUGAUCUGCACCUUCCUCUUCCUUCUCCUCCUCCUCCUCCGCACACCCUCCUUUUCCGCUCUCUCCUCCUUCAACUCUACCUCCACCUCACCAAAACCCCACGAAAUCCAACUUCAGUCCCCACCAGCCGCCGUUCCCACCGCCCCCACCCCCCAAUACCGAGUGUUCUACAUCAAGAACACGCCGCCGUUUGAACUGGACAAGCAAGAACAGAUCAAGAAGCACAGAAGGAUGCGGCACAAGAAGAACAGGAAUAAGAAGAGAAAGAAGACGACGACCAAGAAAGACUUCAAAACGCGGCCGUUCUCGGUGAUGCUGCCGAAGGGUUUCAUUCCGCCUUCCGGUUCGUCGCCUUGCCAGAAUGCGUACCCCAACUCCGUCGCUUUCUUCUGCGACCUCGCUCCCACUUCUGCAAAACCCUAAACUACCCGCGCGCUGUUUCAGUUUGUUCCGCGCACGUACGUGCCAGGUGAUGAUGAAACAAAUGACGGAGAUCGAUGGAGCGGCGUACUAACUACUACGUACUUUUUCUUUCAUCUUCUGUUAGUUUUCUACUUUUAUAUGAAUUUCUUGGUGAAUUUUGUUUCGGAUCUUUCACCCGCCUUUUUGCUUGAAGCGCUAGGGUUUGCAGAUUCUGGUGGCGCAUGAUCAAUUGUAAACACUUUUUUGUUAGC